UUUUUGGGAGGCGGCGGCGGGAUGCUCCACUUGAGCCGCUCCUGAGCUCCAACAUGGGGGAACGAAGCAGGAUCUCACGUCCAUGAAGACGCUGCCAUGUUGUGUUGAAGUGACAACAUCUGCAUCCGCGGCAUCAUGUUAAGCUCUCCAGUGACGAUGCCCGUUCACCCUGGGGAAGAAUGGUUCACUCCACUACUGCUCCCCUUCCACAGGCAGGGGACAUUAACGCCAGUCUCUGCUGCCUCGUUACGGGGCUGCUGAACCUUUCUGAGACGCCACCGAUGGAGGACGUCUCCAUGGCGAACGUUUCCCUGGGCUCCCGGUCGCCACCGGAGCCGCUCACCCCGACAGCGGAGGCCCCGGAGGUCCUGCGAGGUGUCGGCCUGCCUCUGCAGAUCUUCUUCUGCGUCGUCAUGGUCAUCAUCCUGCUGGUGGCUCUGUCGGGAAAUGUGGUGGUGUGCCUGAUGGUGUACCAGAGGUCUGCCAUGCGCUCAGCCAUCAACAUCCUGCUGGCGAGCCUGGCGUUUGCAGACAUGAUGCUGGCCAUCCUGAACAUGCCCUUCGCUCUGGUUACCGUCGUGACCACCAACUGGAUUUUUGGAGACAUUUUCUGUCGCGUUUCAGCCAUGCUCUUCUGGUUCUUCGUGAUGGAAGGCGUGGCUAUACUGCUUAUAAUAAGCAUAGAUCGUUUUCUUAUUAUUGUCCAGAAGCAAGAUAAGCUGAGUCCGCAGAGAGCUAAAUUGCUCAUAGUCAUCACCUGGGGACUCUCUUUCAUUUUGUCCUUCCCUCUGGCUGUUGGCUCCCCUCCCCUACAGAUCCCCCCCAGGGCCCCGCAGUGUGUAUUUGGCUACAGCAUCGAGCCCGGUUACCACGCCUACGUAUUGAUACUAAUGCUAGUCUUCUUCUUCAUACCAUUCAUGGUCAUGCUGUACACAUUCAUGGGGAUCCUGAACACCAUCCGCCACAACGCCAUCCGCAUCCACAGCCACCCAGACAGCAUCUGUCUGAGCCAGGCCAGCAAACUGGGCCUGCUGAGCCUCCAAAGGCCCUUCCAGAUGAACAUAGACAUGAGCUUCAAGACCCGUGCCUUCACCACCAUCCUCAUCCUCUUCUCCGUGUUUACAGUGUGCUGGGCGCCCUUCACUGCCUACAGCCUGGUAACUACCUUCAGCGACGGGUUCUACCACAAAGACAGCUUUUUUCAAAUUAGCACAUGGGUCCUGUGGUUGUGCUACCUCAAGUCAGCCCUCAACCCUCUCAUUUACUACUGGAGGAUCAAGAAGUUCCGCGACGCCUGCCUUGAUCUGAUGCCCAAGUACUUCAAGUUUCUUCCUCAGCUGCCAGGCAACACCAAGAGGCGCAUACAGCCGAGUGCUGUGUACGUAUGUGGAGAGCAUCGCUCUGUGGUGUAAAGGAAAUAAUCCACUCUUAAACACUGUUAAAACACAUCUUUACAUAAUGUAUCUUGCAUUAGCAGGCCUGUUUUGUUGUUUGGUGGUAUACUUCUCUUAGCAGGCGUUUAGACUGAAAGUAGCACUGCAUUAAAAAAAGCAGGGGGCUGAGUAGGUGUGGGUUAUUACUUCUGAGAAUAGUCUGAAGAUCUAGAACAGAAGGUCCAGUUUGAGUCAGACUUCCAUGACUUUAAAGGCUUGUCAGAUGGGAAAACGUUGCGCAGUACCUGUGAUUUUACAACACUGAAACAGGGCUGUGUGCUGUUUGAACAUUUUCUGUACCAGUUACAAUAUCAGGCCUGAGUUUCAGUAUCGAAACAGUCGACUUUUAAAACAUAAACUGAGGAUUCUAAACAUGUUUUUCCUCCCAAAUCCUUUUUUCUGUUAACAGCAGAAACCAUACUUGACAAAUAUUAAAUGUUGUCCAAAGACAGCUAUUUAAGCCAUAAUAUCUGCAAAGCUUUAAUGUCAAUCAGUAACUGACUCCAUCAUAAAAUUGUCUAAAAAGAUUAACAUAGUGACUUUCAGGGGAGCUUUCACUGACAUUCAGCGUCAGCUCCUGGUGACAGAUUUUGAAAACGAUGCUGCGGCACAGAAAAUUCAGCAGCAACCUACACCGCUCUGAAAGCUCAUCGUUGUCUCCUUUAUCUUAGCUUUUUUUUUUUUUUUUAACUAUAAAAUUACCCUGUUUUCAUUACAGAAUAAUUUAGCAAUGUGUGCUACAUAUUUGAUAGGCCUGCAUUGCUACAUGACGGCGCGUUGCAUUUGGACAAAAGCUGAGUCAGAGCCCUCUGCUUUCAAACCCCCACAGUGUUUUAAUGCAGUGUUAAUGUCAGUCUCACUUCCCACUUUGCACUGCGGUUCAACAACAGUCAGGGAGUUGUGUGAAGAUUCUCUGUAAGACGUGGGAUAUCCAACAGAUCAAGGACAACUGGACUCAAGAGUGCGGAGGAUGUUUUUGUAUCGAAUCAAAGAGAUGUUCUCACUAUCAUCAGCUCAGACGACAACCUUGUAUAGAUCUCUGCUGUAGAUUGUUUAAAGAUGAAUGACAGGAAACUUCUUCCUUCCAAAUGUGAAGCCAAAAUAGCAGAAAUCGACAAAGCCAUCUUGUGCUGGCUUUGCAACCAGAGCCUGUCCUGUCGUGAUCAAGGAGUGGAAAUGUUAAUCAGAUUAAGACAAGUUUAUUUGUAUAGCACGUUUCAGAACAAGCAGAGCUGACCAAAGUGAUGUACAAAAUACGUCCAAAAAAUAAGACAGAAAAAAGAUAAAACUGAGAGAAAACAUAAAACCAAAAUAUCCAUCCAUU